AUGUCUGAUGUAGCCCAUGGAUUAUUUUGUAAAUACUGUUUUAUAUUUGCAUCAUAUAAUAAUUGCCUUCAAAAUCUCGUUAUAAAACCACUUCAAAAAUGUUCAAAGUUGACUGGCAAAGAUAGUGUUCAUAAUAAUAACAAGUAUCACUUAAAUUCCGUAAGAGCUGGAAAAGACUUUUUGAAAACUUAUUCAUGUCCUAAAAAACAAGUAAUUAAUCAAAUUUCAACUCAGAGACUUGAACAAGUUAAAGAAAAUCGUGAACGACUCCAACCAAUCAUCGAAACUUUAAUUUUUUGUGGACAACAAAAUAUUUCAAUAAGAGGUCAUAGAGAUGACGGUAAAUUAAUUGAUAUUGAUAACUCUGAAAGUUCUCCUACUUCUAAUGAAGGAAAUUUUAGAGAAUUGUUGUGCUUAAGAAUAUGUGCUGGUGAUGUAAGUUUAAAAAAGCAUUUGGAAAAUACUUCCUCUCGAGCCAUGUACAUAGGAAAGAAUAUUCAGAAUGAACUCUUGGACUGCAUUGGAAGUGUCAUUAAAUCUCAAAUUGUUAAAAAUGUUAAAAAUGCUGGUUUCUAUUCAAUCAUGUUCGAUGAAACUUCAGACAUAUCUUGUGUUGAGCAACUUAGCUUAACUUUGAGAUAUGUCAUUAAUAUUGAAAUCCAUGAGGAUUUUGUGUGUUUUGUGGAUGCUUAUAGAUCCAUAAGGACAAAUGAUGUAUUAGCUUCUGGAGAAACCAAACUCACUGGAGUGGCUCUUGGUUACAUUGUUUUAGAUAUUUUAACUAAAGAUUUGGGAUUUGAUUUAAAACGUUGUGUUGGAGUGGCCACUGAUGGUUGUGCUGUAAUGGUAUUUGAAGAUUGUGGAGCAGUUACUACAAUAAAGAAAGAGUGUUCAAUUGCAGUUUACUGUCCUUGCUAUAAUCAUGCAUUGAAUAAUUCAUUGACACGGACUUCUAAAAUUGUGCCCAUAAAGAAUACAAUAGGAACUCUAAAGGAAAUAAUUGCAUUUUUUAAUGCAUCAGCUAAAAUGCACUUGGUAUUAAAGAAUAUUUCUACAAAAAUACUUACAGGACUGCGUCAAACAAGAUGGAUAGAGAUGCACGAUGGUGUUCUACAGUUUAAAUCUGCUCUUCCAAAGGUUAUUGAAGCACUUACAGACAUUUCUAACUGGGCUGAUCGAAUUUCUUCUUCGAAAGCUUCUAUAUUAUUGGCAGCUAUAUGCAACAGUGAUUUUGUCAUUUCCCUUUUGUCAACUGCUGAUAUUUUAAAAUUAACGCUGCCAAUAUCUCGACUCCUUCAAUCAUCAUCGUUAGAUUUAGCUAAUGCUUCGUCCGCAAUAGAAGGAAUCAAAGAAAUAUUUCAGGAAAAACGUACGCUGUGUGUAGGUGAAUUCCAUAAAAUUUUCUUGGAAGCUAGUAGCUUAGCAGAAGAAAUUGGAUGUGAAAUCAAAAUGCCAAGAAGAGUAAAAACACAAAUACACCGUAAUAAUUAUCCAGCGACGGAUGCUGAACAAUUUUACUUGCAUAGCAUUUACGUUCCAUUAUUAGACACUAUAAAAUCGGAUAUAACCAACAGGUUAUCAACAGACACAUUGGAAGCAUUUGAUUUGCGUUUACUUAUUCCAAAUAUUAUUGUUAAAUUAAAUGACAUUGAUGGUUGGGACCAACAAAGAAUAUCUGUGAAAAUCAUUGCAGUAGCAAAAAAGUUUUCUCCACUCUUCACUGUUUCCGAAAAUGUAAUGGUUGAUAUGUUAGAAGCUUUGGAAUCGUACAUGCAAUGUGUUGAAUAUAUGUUUCCAGCCAUUAGAACAUUUAUGCAAGUAUUAGCAACUCUGCCUGUAAGCGUUGCCUCUGCUGAAAGGAGUUUCUCCGCACUUAGGAGAGUUAAAACUUAG